GUGCUCAAAUCAGACACAACAGACCGUUCAUACUGUUGUGUGGCUAAUUUGUUGGCUAGCCAAGAAUUAUUUGGCUCCUUUUCUGUCGUCGGUUUAUAUAGAUAUUGUUAAAAUGAGGCUGCAGUGUUUAGUCGCAGUUCUGUGUCUUGGUGUCGGUGUAAAUGCUGGAAAAUACUCCCGGGAGGUGAAUGAGCCCAAACCGAGCGGCAGUGAUGGACAGACAGUGGAGUUCAGGAUAGCUAAGCUGAACCAGGUGUGGGAGAAAGCUAAAAGGAUGCAGCUGUCCCCAGUCCGGCAGUCUGAGCUGCACAGUGACCUGAAGCUCCAGGAGAAAGAUGAGCUGCAGUGGAAAAAAAUGAAGGUGGAAGGCCUGGAUGAAAACGGGGAGAAGGAGGCUCAACUCAGGCGUAACUUCAACGUGAUUCUGGCCAAGUACGGGAUGGACGGCAAAAGGGACACUAGGCCGCUGGAGAGCAACUCACUGAAAGAUCACGACACCAAAGAAGGAGACAUGUUUGAUGAUCCCAGGCUGGACAAACUCUGGAACAAGGCCAAGAGCUCGGGAAAGUUCUCUAAUGAGGAGCUGCUGAGCCUGAAGCGGGAGUUCCAGCACCACAAGGACAAGAUCCACGAGUACAACAUCCUCAUGGAUACAGUCAGCAGGACCGAAGAAAUACACAAGAAUGUGAUCUCUCCCCUGGAGGGCGACGCCAAAGAGCACGUGCUGCACCAGAAGCACACGGAGCUGAAGCACAAAAUGAGAGACCUGAACCAGGGAUUUGAGCGCCUCCGUAAGCUCAGCCAUGAGGGCUUCACUGAAGACAGCGAGUUUCGGGAGCCUCGUGUGAUUGAGCUUUGGGAGGCUGCCAAGAGAGCCAACCUCAGCAACGAUGAGCUGGACUCUCUCAAGGAGGAGCUGCGUCACUUUGAGACCAAGGUGGAGAAGCACAGCCAUUACCAGGAGCAGCUGGAGCUGUCCCACCAGAAGCUGCGCCAUGUAGAGGCUUUAGGAGACAAAGAGCACAUCAAGAGGAAUCAGGAAAAGUACAACACGCUCGCUGAGAAGACGAGAGAGAUGGGCUACAAGAUGAAGAAACACAUGCAGGACUUGUCCAACAAGAUCUCACGUGAGGGACUCGAGCACAAUGAGCUCUGAGAAGCUUGGAUCAUGUUCAGCACAUCAGUGAAGGUUGAAUGAACUGAAAUAUUUUGCUCUGCAGUCAUACACAAGGUACGCUAUGUUCCACCAUUCCCUUCCAACCACUGUAAACAAAACAAAAUGUGCUUUCCAUGUACGGUUUUCUACUUUUUUAGUCUACAAAUUGCUGAAUGAGCUGUAGGUUGUUUGUACAUAGCGUGACUAUGACAUUCUUCUAAACCAGCUGCACCUAUUGUAAUAACUGAUCAGAUAAAAUAGAAUUGUUUACAUACUAUUGUGGUACUCCAUAGCAACGUCAGUCUGUGCAACUACCACCAGGCAGAUGUCUGUGUAGAGGUGACAGUUGGGGAUGGUCAGCUGUAGUGGAGCCAAGCAACAGUUUCUCCACACUGGUCUGUUGUUAGCUAUGCAAAUACUAAAUUCUACAUCAUGUAAGCUGAUACCACUCUAGCAACUCAUACUUUGAUCUGCUGAAAUAUUGUAAUAUCACUUUGAUCAAAAAAAAAAAAACAAAAAACAAAAUGAUUAGAAUAAGCACUGACACCCAGGGGGCAGAAAAUUAAACGGCAAUCUUUAUUAUUCCGUAAGAUACAGGUGCCAACAACAUACAUACAAUAAUGUUUUAAAAAUAUAGUUAAAUAUUAUUCAUACUGUCUUGGCAUAAAUAAAAGCAGUUAAUAUUUACAAGUCCUGUAGCAGAAAGCAGUGUCUGCAGUGACAUUACAAGGCUAUUCUUGGUAAAAUGUUACAUUUUUCUGACUCAUCCUCAAGUUAUUUAUUCCUUGUUGUCUCCUCAUGAAACCCAAGUGGGGAAUCAAAACUAUAAAAAUAAAUUUACGUCAUGUGUUGGACAGUUUGACCUGAUGAUGUAAAUAGGGAGGUGAGAAAUCAAAACACACUCUGUGCUUUUCCAUUCAUCAGUCCCUGCCCUCACAGACGAGCAGCAGAGGCAUUGAUUACUGUGAUGAAUAAUGUCACUGGGUGGCUGAUUACUCAGUCAUGUCCUGCUUGGGCCACAUGGACCUGGAUUAAUGUCAUUUGCACGCAGGGUAUAACUCUGAGCUGCUUCUUUCAAUCAAUGCUGAGGAGGGUUUGAUCUCUGAAUCCGAUCGUAUUCUGUUCCAACCCCAAACAGUUGGUGAGAGAACCAGCAAUACAUAUCCCAAGCCCUAAUAGUCUGAAGAAAAAUAAAUCUAGCCAGAAUUUGAAAGGACAUUCCAGUUUAACAAAAUCUAACGAGAUCCUAUGUAACGCUGCUGUCUCCUAUGUCAGUGGUAAACUUUAGGUCUGUGCCAUUCCUUCGUAUU